AUGUCGGGCAAGACCACCAUGACGGCCAAGGAGCAGCUACGCGGUCGACGCGACAAGGCGGCCCUGCUCCAGACCGGCCGUCUCGCCGAGCGUCGCCUAGACCGCGAGCACCAGGACCAUCAGCACCAGCUUCAAGAGCUCCAGCAGCAGCUCGAGGAGGCGCAGCGCGAGGCCACCAUGGCCAAGGGCGGCGGUGGAGCCAUGAAGGAGCUCCAGAAGGAACUCGCCGACCUCCGCGUCACGCUCGCAGAAUCCGAGGCGGCCCUCGUCGCCGCCGCCGGCGAGCGCGACACGGCCGUCAAGGAGCGCGACGACAAGGAGAUCAAGGCGCUUCAAACCCGGCUCGCUCAAGCCGACGAGCGCACGGCCGAGGCGGCCGCGGGCGCCGGGAGCGGCAACGAGGAGAUGGCGGCGCGCGAGGAGAGGGUCAAGGAGAUGGAGCGUCGAUGCUCGACGAUGCAGCAGGACGCCUCUAAAGCUGUCGCCGGCCUCGCCGACCUCAAGACCAAGCUCGCCGAGGUCGAGGAGCUCAAGGACCGCGAGACUCAACGUCGCACCCGCCAGCUCAAGCACGCCGAGGAGCGCGCCGAGCGCAUGCGGGAGGAGCUCAUCACGGUGUGGGAGGCGUCCAACCGCGGCCAGUUUUCUGAGGCGGGCAAGAACAAGUUCGUCACCAAGGCGCUCGAGCUCGAGAACAGCCUUCAAGCCGCUCAAGAGCGCAUCGUUCAGCUCGAGGACAAGGGUCUCGAGGGCAAGGUCGUCGCAGCCGAGAAGAUCGCCAAGCGCUUCUUCGCCAUGAUCGAGUUCCUCCGCAUCACCGAGGCCGACGCCGACAAGCUCGUCAAGGACGGCGUCGCGUGGCCCGCUCCCGGCGCCGGUCCGCAGAACCUCAAGGAGCACAUGCAGGCGCUCGCCAUGGCGCCUCCACCUCCAGCGCCCGCACCCGCACCCGCACCCGCACCCGCACCGCCCAAGCCGGCGACCCCGCCACCGCCCAAGGAGGAGCCCAAGCCCGCUCCGCCGGCGCCGACUGCCGAGGACCGUGCCGAGAUCAAGAACCUGGAGUCGGCGAUCGAGGCGCUCGGGACCAAGGUCGACGAGCUGCAGCAGGCCGUCAAGGCCAAGUCGGACGAGAUCAGCACGCUCGAGGCCGACCGCCAGCGUCUCGAGGACGAGGUCGCCAAGCAGAAGAGCAAGACGCUGCUCGCCGAGCGCGACGCGCAGGAGCGCAACGACGAGCUCAUCCAGGUCAAGGGCCGCAAGGACAAGGAGGCGACCGACCUCGAGAAGGAGCGCACCAAGCUCAAGCACGAGGUCGACCGCCAGAAGCGCCGCGCCGACGAGGCGCUCGCCGACAACCAGAAGCUCGUCACCGACCACUCGAACGAGCUCGCCCAGAUCGAGCAGGAGCGCCACGAGGCCGAGUCGAGCCUCGCGCGUCUCGUCGAGCGCCAGGACCGCACCAAGGCCGAGCACGAGGCGACGAUGAACCAGCUCGUGUCGCGCAUCAAGGCCCUCGAGUCGUCGUCGGGCGGCGGAUCCGGCGCCGUGACGCCGAGCGACGUCGAGGAGCUCGUCGAGACGGCGCGCAUCAAGGAGGAGGAGCACGUGCGCCAGAUGGACAGCAAGAUCAAGGAGCUCGAGCUCCUCGAGGAGGAGCGCGACCGGUACCGCGACGAGGUCAACGCCGCCCGCGCCGCCGCCGACAAGAACGAGGCGCGCGUGUCCAAGCCCAUGUCGCGUGCGGCGUCCCGCUCGGCGAGCCCGGCCCUCGGCGCCCCAUCGACGCCCGAGAAGAAGAAGCCCGUGCGCGCCGACAGCAGCGGCGGCGGCGGCGGCGGCGACAAGGGCGAGGACCUUCCCUGGGCCCAGCAGCAGCAGAAGCAGGCCGUCGUCGAGCACCUCGAGAAGGAGCGCGCCCGCCUCGAGGCCGAGCUCGCGUCGCAAACGCGCAUGGCCGAGGAGGCCCUCACCGAGGCGGCCUCGCACCGCGCCGCGCUCGAGCAGCUGCGCUCGUCGCGCGCGACCGACUCGAGCCAGUGGGACGCCGAGCGCCACCGCCUCGAGGUCGAGCUCGGCUCGCAGGCGACGCUCGCCAUGCAGCGCGCGCGCGAGCUCGACGCCGAGCGCGAGCGCAUGGCCGGCCUCGUGCGCCAGGUCGCCGAGCUCGAGAAGGAGCGCACGACGCUCCGGGGCGAGCUCGUCGCGCGCGAGAACGUCCACGGCGGGUCGUCGUCGGGCGUGUUCGCGUCGUCGGGCCCGUGGGACACGCCGCAGCAGCAGCAGCAGCAGCAGCACUCGAAGGCGGUCGGCGCCCAGUUCAACGGCCACGGCAGCUCCUUCAUCGACCGCUCGACCGCCGGCACGCCCGUCUCGCAGUCGUUCGUCUCUGCGCCCGGCAUGCCCUCGUUCGGCAGCCCGGCGCCGUCGGCCAUGUCUGCGCAGGGCGCAGCAGCGGUCAACGGCGUCGGCGUGUCGGGCCCGGUGCGGCUCCUCGUCGAGCACCUGCGCAAGACGAACAGGGAGCUCAACCACGAGGUCCUGUCGCUCAAGGACGAGAACAUGACCCUCAUGAUGCGCCUCGCCGGCCUCUGAGCGCGGCUGUCGUCGGCUCGCGCGAGGAAGGAGGAUGCGCGCCGACUCGAGGCUGUGCCUCUCUCGUCGCCCGUCUCGCAAUGCCAUUGGUCUUUCCUCGAC